AUGGUCCGUGCACAGAUCGCGUCCGCGUCGCUGGUUUCCCGCGUUGUUCGCCGACAAUUCCAGGAUCGUAAUGAACAUCAGGCUUCCGUUCCAAUGGCGACCCAAGACUCACGAGGCAUCUUAUUCACACACACCCAGCCACAGCAGGGGUUUCGACUGCUAGAAAUCCCGCCAGAACUAGAAGCCCUUCUUACGUCCAAAGACCCACCAGUACUCGAACUCAAGUCCCCCUCCGCGGCACUCGCCCUCGCCGUAAAAGAUCCGGCCGCGCAAGAAUACGUCAAUCUGUGCACCGCGACACAGACCUAUCGCAUCCGCCAAGUCCAGUCCUCCAAUUCCCUCCACAUUCUCCGCCCCAGCCACGGCGAGAUAUCACAAGCAGAUAUCAAAGUCGUCGAGGAGGAAGCCGGCGAAAGCGGGGCAUUGAAUCUGCCCGACGAAGCCGUCACUGCGAUUGCAAAAUGCGGGUCAACACUGGAGCUACACAUGCCGCCGGGCGGGCUUUCGGCAAUUCCCUUCCUGGAAAAGAGUUUACGGCUGUAUGACCCGCGCGGUGACGACGAUGGGGACGUCAGUAUGGAUGAGGGGGUGGUGACUCGAGUCCUGUUGACGAGGUCAAUGCGAGGAAACGAGUUUGUACCGAUAUUCCUGAUGUCUGCGGCGCAGUGUGAUGAGGGGUGGACGGAGUUAUGUGCCUUUGUGGAUGGGAAGACCGAACUCUCGUGCUGGAGGCCUUCGGCGCGGGUGCGAUUGCGGGUUUGGAGACGGCUGACUGAAGGUGCUCUGCUGCAGGGAAUUGACUUGGAGAAGCAGUUUCUUGUUGGGGAUUUGUGGAAGUCAGUUUUGGAUGAUGAUGAUUCUGAUCCUCCAUUCCCACGAGCGCUCCUGGAAGCCGUGGUAAGGAAGUUGUGCAAAGCGGACGAGCGACCGCCAUUGGACGAUGCAAUGAAAUGGGCCAGCUUUGAUAAGGCAGAGUGUUCGCGUUGGGUUGGAGAGACCCAUCUUGCUGCGACAGCUCCCACGGUCUCGUCAGCCAUCGGGCGAAGUGAAUUCCUCCGGGCUUGGAAAGACUGCCUUCCCGAGUCAUGGCGAGAUGAGGCUGCGCUGUCGAAGCUGCAGAAUGGCAUAUACCAAAGCCCGGAUCCUACGACCAUAUGUUUUGUGGAGCCUUCUCAACGGCAAGCAAGCAGUGAAACUUCAACUGCAAAGCCAGCUGCAAAUGCCAAUGCCAAAAAUACCCGGAACUGGCAUGAAUUGCUUAAAAAUCAAAAGCGCCAAUAA